UUCGGUCUAAAUUGAAUAGCAAUUGCAAAUCGGACGUUGGUUCGUGUUCAUCCAUCGACGAUACUGUUCGAGGAAUCGAUCGAACGACAAACGACACCGUCCGAUAAGCCGGCCGAUAAAAGCAGCAUUUUUGGUUGUUCGAAUCGCGACUCCUCGUCAAAAGUGAUAUGCUGUAGCGCGCGGAGACAACGUCACGGCGACAAUGACGAGCGAGAUGAACGCGACAAAGGUCGAAAAUUCGACCAGCACGAUGAAUCUCGUAUCUACGAUAUCCUCCUCGUCGCCACCUAGCGCGGUCGCAGCCGCGAUUAGCGCUGGCACAGCAAUUCCGACUAAUCCGUCCACGACAGUAACGGGUGGAGCUGUGGUCACCAGCACGGCUAAACCUGACCAUCAUACCUACAACGUGACCGGCUAUCUUGUGGAGCACGACGAGCUCGAUCACAGUAUACUGGCUGGUUUCUCCGAUAUACAGACGGUUUUUCUAGCCUGUUUCUCGACGCUGCUGCCGUUGAUCGUCGCGCUGGGAAUCGCCUUUGGCGUCAGGCACGUGUGGAGGAAAUAUCGGGACAGACGAGACAGCUCGAGUGGAUUGCCCUGGUACAGAAGUGUCUGCUCUCGAGACAAUACCGCCGAAUCCUUGCAUCAUCGACCUCACUCGGGAAGCAUAACCGUUCAGUCUGCUACGAGGAUUCUCUCUGCACAAGACGUGAGUACGGGUUUUACUAGCCAAAUGGAAACGAUUCCCUUAAUUCGUUCGUGA